AUGGCGAUUACUGAGCUUAUCUUCCCCAAGGUCAAGCCUGAUCAGGCUUCACUUGAUGAAUUAGAACGAGACUGGCCUACCAUUAGCAAGAGACUCACCCACCCAAACCCUGGACUCCUGAGCGCAUAUCGUGGAUGGGUCCUCACGGAAAACGGACGCAACGUGAGGGAGGAACACAGGGAGUUUCUACUCUUUGAAUGGGAGAAAGCCGAACAUUUCCACGCAUUCAUUGUCUCGGAGCAGUUCAAGAAUUUCGCAGCCUCUAUCAGACAUCUAGUUAAUGGACCACCGACGCUUCAGCUAUUUGACACAAAUCUCAGUCCCCAAGAUGCCGCAUCUUCAUCUAGUAUUGAGAUCUUCCGUGUGGCCGUUCCAAAUGCUAAGAAUGCCGAGACUGUUCUGCAAACCUGGAAGCACAUAUCUCAAAAAGCCAAAGAGAGAUACGGAGACAAAGCGGCGGUCACUUACGGCAAGAGUCAGAAUCUUGAGCAGGAAGUCGUUGCAGGUAUCAUUGGGUGGUCGGAACUGGAGGAUUGCGUUCCUAACAAUCAGGAAUCUGUUCUUGUUGACUCGCUCGAGUCAAUGAAAUCUUUGGGGGAAUUAUCGAAUAUCACUGUCGCUAUUGAGGCCAUGGAUCUUCCAUCUUCGUAG